CUGCAGUCCUCGUUCUAGACGCUGCAAAAUAAACUGCGGUGUUUGGGGACCAUGGCUACAGACCCACUCUCGGAGCUUCAGGACGACCUGAACUUGGAUGAUACCAACCAGGCCCUCGGCCAGCUCAAACUGGCCUCCCUAGAUGAUAAGAACUGGCCAGCAGAUGAAGCCCCUGCUUUUCCCAAAUCAGAGGACUCCAAAGGCUCCCCUGAGCCCGUCACUCACCUGCAGUGGGAUGAUCCCUACUAUGAUAUCGCCAGGCAUCACAUUGUGGAAGUAGCAGGUGAUGACAAAUAUGGAAGGAAAGUCAUUUUGUUCAGUGCCUGCCGGAUGCCUCCAAGUCAUCAACUUGAUCACGUGAAACUGCUGGGGUACCUGAAAUUCACACUGGACCAGUAUGUGGAGAGUGAUUACACACUAGUGUACCUGCACCAUGGCCUGACCAGUGAGAACAAGCCAUCUCUGAGCUGGCUGCGGGAUGCCUACAGGGAAUUUGAUCGCAAAUACAAGAAGAACAUCAAAGCCUUGUAUAUUGUGCACCCAACCAUGUUCAUCAAGACCCUGCUGAUUCUCUUCAAGCCUCUGAUCAGCUUUAAGUUUGGACGAAAGAUUUUUUAUGUGAACUUCCUUAGUGAGCUGGAGGAGUAUGUGAAGCUGGAACAGCUGGGGAUCCCAAGCCAAGUGCUGAAGUAUGAUGAAUAUCUGAGAUCCCUGCAGAAACCUUUGCAAGUGCCCCAGAAGCCAACACCCCCACGCCCGCCGCUGCCAAACCAGCAGUUUGGAGUCUCGCUCCAGCAUCUCAGGGAGAAGAGCCCUGGUCAGUCUCCUGUUCCUCUGGUGGUCAGAGACACCAUUGCUCAUUUGCAGGAGCAUGCUCUUGCUACGGAGGGGAUUUUCCGGAGGUCAGCAAAUACACAGGUUGUCAGGGAGGUCCAGCAAAAAUACAACAUGGGUGUGCCUGUAGAUUUCCAGCAGUAUGAAGAUGUCCACCUCCCUGCUGUGAUUCUCAAGACCUUCUUGAGGGAGCUGCCUGAGCCCCUCCUCACUUUUGGCCUCUACAGCCAUGUUGUCAGCUUCCAGAGUGUGGAAGAGGUGAAUCGAGUGGAUGUUGUUCGCAAAACGCUCCAGACUCUGCCAGAAGAAAACUACCAAGUGCUCCGUUUACUGACAGCCUUUCUGGUGCAGGUCUCUGCUCACAGUGACAGAAACAAGAUGACAAACACCAACCUGGCAGUUGUGUUUGGCCCAAAUCUCCUGUGGGCCAAAGAUGUCGCCAUCACUCUAAAAGCCAUCAACCCCAUCAACACUUUUACCAAGUUCCUGCUGGACCACCAGAAGGAGCUCUUUGAGGACGUGGAGGCCUGA